GUUCUUUUUCCUUUUUCCUUUUUCCUUUUUCCUUUUUCCUUUUUCCUUUUUCCUUUUUCCUUUUCUUUUCUUUUUUCUUUUCUUUUCUUUUUUCUUUUGCAGUGCAUUCCUGUUUCCCCAAAGGCUGCAGAUUCUCAGGAACCACAGUCAGCCCACAGGUUAUGUAACCUUGCUCUAAAGGAGCUCCUCCUACCUUUCAGAGGCCAAACUCUAAAACUAGCAGGGAAAUAUAUUUGUUUUUCCUUGCUGAGGUCUCUUGUGUGGUGGAAAGAAGCUGACAGAACAAGAAGAACAACAGCCCAAAGAAGGAACCAUGGUACGCCGUGUAGCAAUUAUUGGAGCAGGAGUGAGUGGUCUUGCAUCCAUCAAAUGCUGCCUGGAUGAGGGGCUGGAGCCAACAUGCUUUGAGAGGAGCGAUAGCGUUGGAGGACUGUGGCGAUUCACGGAGACUUCAGAGGAAGGCAGAGCCAGCAUUUACAGAUCUGUGUUUACCAACUCAUGCAAAGAAAUGAUGUGUUUCAUGGACUUCCCUUUCCCAGAGAAUUUUCCCAACUAUAUACACAACUCCAAGCUUCAGGAAUAUAUUGAACUAUAUGCCAAGCAUUUUGAUCUCAUUAAAUACAUACACUUUAAGACACAUGUGACCAAUAUUAAGAAGCACCCAGAUUUCUCUGUCUCUGGCCAAUGGGAUGUCAUGACACAGAAGGAUGGCAAGAUGGAAUCAGUUACUUUUGAUGCUGUCAUCAUUUGCACUGGACAUCAUGUCUAUCCACAUAUCCCAGCUGAUAGCUUCCCUGGGUUAGAGAAAUUUCAGGGUACCUUCUUUCACAGCCGGGAAUACAAAGGCCCUGAAAAGUUCAAAGGGAAAAAAGUUCUGGUGAUUGGCCUGGGGAAUUCUGGAAGCGACAUUGCUGUUGAGCUUAGUCAUACAGCCUCUCAGGUUUGCAUCAGCUCUAGAAGUGGAUCCUGGAUAAUGAGUCGUGUCUGGGACAAAGGCUACCCUUGGGACAUGUUGAUUGUAACUCGCUUUGAGGCAUUCCUCAGAAACAUCCUCCCUACAGCCAUCUCUGACUGGCUGUAUGUCAAGCAAAUGAACAGAUGGUUCAAACACGAAAACUACGGUCUGAUACCCGUGAAUAGGACUCUGCGAAAGGAGCCUGUCUUCAAUGACGAUCUCCCAAGCCGCAUUAUCUGUGGCACUGUUGUAGUGAAACCCAACGUGAAGGAGUUUACAGAAACCUCUGCAAUAUUUCAAGAUGGGAGUGUGCUGGAAGGCCUUGAUCAUGUCAUCUUUGCUACAGGCUACAGAUUUGCCUACCCCUUCAUGGAUGAUGAAUCCAUUAUAAAGAGUAGAAAUAAUGAAGUCACCUUAUACAAAAGCAUCCUUCCCCCUCUGCUGGAGAAACCAACCAUGGCAGUCGUUGGCUUAGUCCAGUCCCUUGGAUCUGCUAUCCCAACUGCAGAGCUUCAGGCUCGCUGGGCUACAAGAGUAUUUAAGGGAUUAUGUGAGCUGCCUUCAAAGACCACCAUGUUGGAUGACAUAGAUGAGAAAAUGGGGAAGAAGCUCAAAUGGUUUGGCCAGAGCGAUACCCUGCAAACAGAUUAUAUUCUCUAUAUGGAUGAACUCGCCUCCAGCAUAGGUGUCAAGCCCAACAUCCCACUUCUCCUUCUGACAGAUCCCUGGCUGGCACUGAAAGUCUUCUUUGGCCCCUGCAGUCCAUAUCAGUUUCGUCUCACUGGGCCAGGGAAAUGGGAUGGAGCCAGAAAUGCAAUCCUAACGCAGUGGGACCGAACGCUGAAGGUCACAAGGACACGAACUGUACGCAACUCUCAGAAGUGUCUUUCUUUCUUUGUUUUGCUCAAAAUCCUUGUCAUUCCUCUUCUCGUUGCUGCUGUUUUUAUGGUGUUGACCUAAGUAACUUCAAUGUCAAACUAGACAAUGCCAUGGAAUUUUUAACUAUGUUUUAUUGGAAAGCAAAAUAUUUUUAAUAGUAUUUUUAUUAAAAAU